AUGCUUGCUCAGCUGCCUCGUUUCUUGCUGUUGGCGUUUCUCUUCCAUUCUGACUGCUACUGUCCAACCAGAGCCCAACCAUUGUUCUGGAUCAGCGAAGUCUUCAAUAGUUUCAGCAACUUUACAGAUCUCUUUGUAGAGAUUUACGAUGGUGGCCAUGGUAACAUGAAUUUAACAAAUGUUACAUUGGAAAUAGAGAAAAACCCAAAAGAAUCUUUAUCCUUUCUGCUGAGAGAAAUGAUGACAAACAGUGAAGGAUUCCUUGUCCUUGAUUUCAACACAAUGAAUCAAGCAGAAAAAAGUUUCUUGAAGAAUAUUCAGAAUGAGACAGUCACUCUAAAAUUAAACAUUUCUACAGAGGUAAACAAAUCGGAAGUAAUUGAUAUUUUUAAAAAGAGAAAAGGAUGGAGUGAUGUUAUCAGUUGUUAUCGAAAUGCAAGUGGAGUCAUUGCCACUGUCCUAGCAGGCAAUAAAUCGAAAGGGAAAAUUAAUGACUGCCCUUCAUCUCCUGUGCGCUUUGACUUUUUCCAAAUCAGGUCCCUUUUCAAUUUUACCAUACAGCUACUAAGCCAUGGUUUGGAUUAUUUUCCAUUGGACAAUCAUGUAAUUGAAAUUUUUGAGAACAACACAUCUAUCCAAAAUAUCUCUCUUCAAGAAACCACCAAGAAUAAGACAAGCAACGUUUCAUUUGCAAUUUCUCGUACUUUUAACAAGAGCUCGGUUUACAAUAUCCAGUUGAAAGUAAAGAUCAAAUCAAAAUUAAUUCUACUUGACAGUGUGUAUUUUGGAGCACAAACUUUUUCUUGGUUUUCUCUAAACAAAAUACUACAGACUUACCCAGAUAAAAAUCCUGCCCGAUCAGUGACACCCGUGUACCUCAAACUUGAUCCUUCAGAUUCACCAAAGUUUGCCUCUUGCUCUUGUGACAUCAGUGCUUUAACAUACAGCUUUUUUGUUCAAGUGCAAAGUUUGAACGUCCGAACUGAGAACUGUCAGAAAAAAUGCAACACUUUAAUCACUACAUCACCGACAGUUACUUGGACAACUUCAGUGAGCACAUAUUCAGCCAAGGUCAAUGUAAGCAGCAUAUCAACCCUUAACCCCAGUCAGACUUAUUCGAUGGAUACUAGUUCUAACGGCUACACAGCUGAUUUAGCAAGUUCUACUGUGACCGAGAAAGACCUGACCACGUUGGAUGUUGAUAAAAGUUCACUUUUUGAAACAACUGAGAAAUUAACAACUACAAUCUCCACGACCACUGAAACGCAGUCUUCCACAGAGCUUAGUAAACACACAACAGAAUAUGUCACAAGUACAACUAAUGUGAAAUUAGUGACUUCCACUAUGUCCACGUCAACAGAAGUUUCAAUACUGCCCUUAUAUAUUAAUGAAGUAAGAGUGGGAUUGCAGGUUAUAGAUUACUGGAUUGAAUUAAAAGGAAACCAUUCCCUUGAGAGCCUCAGUUCUUAUGUGCUGAUUCACGAUGCUCCUGGACAAACAAAUAGCACAAUAUUUUCCUUAGAUAAACUGAAAACUCUAAACCAAAAAGGACUUUUUUAUAUCAACUAUAACAUUGAUGGUGCUGGUGAUUUGUUAAAGGAUAUGAAUUCCACAGCUGGGCUGCUACGAGUAUUUAAUUCCAAACUCAUGACGAGCAAGGAUAAAAGUGCUGGUCUCUCUGAUUGCCUUGCAUAUCAAAUAGAAGGAAAUGUCUUGGAGACUAAAUUGGCGAAUCUCUGCCCUUUGCAUCAAGUCAAGCAGAUUACUUGGAGAGAACUAGAACAGAAUUGGACAAUCGGUCGGUGCGGUGCAGAAUUUGCAGUCCUGGAAGCAAGCGCCAAUGAGCCUAACAAAUGUCCCUCCAAGAAAUUUAGCAAGCCUCUCUACAUGAAGAUUUUGGAAAGGAAAAAGAGCAAUAAAUUCAAAUUUUACUUCCUUUCGAGUUUGGUGCAGAAAAUAAGUGCCAACGAAGGCUGCAUGGUAUCAGAUGCAUUUUUCCUUGAUUUCAGUGCUAACAAAUCCGGAGCUGACAUCAACAUUCACACAAUUUUGGCAGCUACAAAUCAGACUAGACUUAAUGCCUUGUAUAUGUGUUACAAGACUUUGUUUCAUAAGGAAUUGACCAUGCUUAAACUUGAUUCAGAAAAUGUCAGUGUUUACAAGUGCCACAAUGACAAAUACCUCCUCCCAACAGUCAAAGUGGCUGAAGCAAGUUCAGGUGGGAAAAGGGCGCUUGCAUUUGUGAUUCCAAUCUUGACUGUAAAAUUGAUUUUUCUUUCUUGUCUUUUUCUUGUAUUUCUUUUCCUUUUCUUUUCUACUUUUCCUUUUCCUUUUCUUUUCUCCUUUUCUUUUCUCCUUUUCUCCUUUUCUUUUCUCCUUUUCCUCUUUCCUUCCUCUUCUCUUUCCUUCCUCUUCUCUUUCCUCUUUCCUUCCUCUUCUCUUUUCUCUUUCACUUUCUCUUCCCUUUCCCUUUCCCUUUCUCUUUCCCUUUCUCUUUCCUUUUCUUUUCUUUUCCCUUUUCUUUCCUUUUCCCUUUUCUUUCCUUUUUCUUUCCUUUUCCUUUUUCUUUCCUUUUUCUUUUCCUUUUUUUCUUUCCUUUUUUUCUUUUCCCUUUUCUUUUUUUCUUCUUUUCUCUCCUUUUUUCUUCUUUUUUUUCCUUUUUUUUUUUUUCUUUUUUUCUUUUUUCUCUUCUUUUCUCUUUUCUUCUCUCUUUCCUCUUUUUUCUCUUUUCUCAUUCCUCUUUUUUCUCUUCUUCUCUUUCUUUUUCUCUUCCUUUUCUUUUUUCUCUUCCUUUUCUUUUUUCUCUUCUUCUCUCUUUCCUCUUUUUUCUCUUCUCUCUUUCCUUUUUUUUCCUCUUCUUCUCUCUUUCCUUUUUUUUUUUUUUUUUUCUUCUCUUUCGUUUUUCUUUCCUUCUCUUUUCUGUCUCCUGUUUCCCUUUCUCUUUCCUUCCAUUUUCUUUCUCCUUUCCUUUUUCUUUUUUUCUCUUUCCUCUUUUUUCUCUUCUUUUUCCUCCUCUUUCCCCUUAUAAUUUUUUUUAUAAAAAUUAUAGCAACAUCUAAUUUAGGCGUUUUAGGAAUGACUCGUUAUGAUGCUGAUCAAGAUGACCUCCUCGUAAACAUGGAAGAUGUUGGCCGUCUGGACACUAAUUUUCGCAACCCCACAUAUUCCCAACUGACUGUGUAUUGA